CUUAAACGCAGAACCGAGAACACAAAUAGUCACCUUGUUAUUGUCUAAAAAAAAACAUAUGGAACUUUAUUUUGGAUAAUUAAAAAUAAAUAGAAUAAAUGUUGCCGCGGCUCUUAACUUUUGGCACUUAUUUGUUAAUAUAUGGCUAUUUUUCAGCCGUCCUCGGCAGCGAUCACGCAUGCUUUAUCUGCAGGGCAAACGGCGAAGAAAAUAAUCUGGAGUUGGAGUACCAGUUCCCGGGGAUUAAGCCGCCUGUUUGCAUAAGAGGUAUCACGCCAACGGCCAUGGCGUGUCCUCCGAAGUACAAAGGAUGCGUCACACAGUACCGAGGUGUCAAUAUGGUAAAAGCCUGUGGAGAAGUUGCAAUAGAUUCAUGCAACAUUGUGAACAGGGUCGAAUAUUGUUAUUGCAAGGGAAGAUUGUGCAAUCGUAAAGACAAAGCAAUAUCAGAAUUGACGGUAUUCGAAAAAGAAAAGCCUUCAGAUGAUGAAGACCUAGAAGAAGGAAGUGGCUCGGAACCUCCAAUAAAUCCUGGUCAAACUCAAUUGAGAUCAUCAUCAUCGGAAAACUUGUAUCAACACUCCUCAUCGUUAAUUGCAAUACUUAUAUUUGCACUCUAGUCUAAUAAACAUUACAAGCACCCUACA